UGAACAAAGGGAUGCGAUGCAUCGAUAUUGUUAGAUUAUACACCAUCGGGUGACCUGGUUGAGAAAGGUUCGAUGUUCAAUGGUCUACUCCUGAAAGGGGCUGACAUAAUAGAUGACAUAAAGGCAAAGCUGGAGAACAAGUGUCCUGGAACCGUGUCAUGUGCAGACGUAUUGGCAUUUACAAACAACGCAGCAAUGACAAUGGCGGGUUUACCUGCUCAGAGGCCCCUUGGAGGUCGCAGAGACUCUAUCGUUUCCCUUGCAAGCGUUGUAGAAUCCGACAAUCUUCCUAUGUCAGAUUGGAACAUCGACCAAAUGAUGGAACUGUUUGGCAGGAAAGGGUUCAACAUAGAAGAAAUGGUGGUGAUGAUUGGUGCACAUUCUGUUGGGAUUUCUCAUUGCGACUUCUUCAUGCAGAGGGCCUUAAACUUCAGUGGGACUGGGAUCCCUGACCCUAACCUGGGUGUGGAGGCGAUUGAUGAAAUAAAAAAAGCAUGUCCUAACCCUGGCACAACCCUGUAUAGGAACCCCCCUGUGAACUUUGAUGCCACACCAACUGUUCUUGAUAACCUCUUCUUCAAGGACAUGGUGGAGAGAAGGAGAACUUUGCUCAUUACCGAUUCACAUCUGUAUGAAGAUCCCAGAACUAGGCCAAUCGUCGAACAGAUGGCAGCUGACCCUACCUUGUUCCCCAAGAGAUUUCCUGAGGUCAUGGUCAAACUCACUUCUUUGAAUGUGCUCACAGGGAAUGAAGGGGAGGUGAGGAAGAUUUGUAGAUCCACCAAUUAAACAUCAAACAAAUUACUGUAACCAUGUCAUCAUCAUCAUCAUUAACCAAAUUUCUUAUUCUUUAAUUCUUUUUUUCCCUACUGGGGCAUUUUCUUCAUAUCCACAAUCAUCGCUGCCUCUUUUCUUCCUUCCAUUUGGAAUUUCUGUCAUGUAUUCAUGGCCAACUAAAUAUUAUUGAUUUUUUUCUUAUGUAUUUCUGUCAUGAAU